UGGUUCCAGAUGUGGCUCGGACCUAAACUAGUGAUAGCUACCUCACAUCCCGAUAUCAUGCAGGCCGUGCUGACGCAUCCGGAGUGUCUAGAGAAACCAUUUCUCUAUGAUUUCGCCCAAGUCGAGCACGGAUUAUUCGGUGGCCAUUAUCAUACAUGGAAAACGCAGCGCAAAGCUCUAAACCCAUCCUUUAACGUUCGCAUCCUGAACAGUUUCAUACCGGUGUUUAUCAAGUGCUCAAACUUGCUGGUCAGCAAUCUAGAGAAGGCCAUAGACCAAGGUGGUAAAACGGUCUCUGUUUUGCCGCAUAUCAGCAAAUGCACGCUGGAAAUGGUGUGUGGUACAACGAUCGGAUGCGAUGUGCUAGAACGAUCCGGAAAGGAUACUCUGCUUCACAAUCUCGAUCGCUGCUUCGAAUUGGUGGCCAAACGGAUGGUGAGUGUUCAUCAGUACGCCGAUUUGUUGUACAGGUUUAUGCAGGAUUGUGCAGAAGAAGCACAAUGCCGUUUGCGGUGUUACGGAUACUUCGAUAAGAUUUUGGACUUAGCUAAAAGUCAACUGAAAAACGUCGCAGAUAUUGAGGAGCAGGAAGAUUUCAAGAAACCGCAAAUUUUCAUCAACCAACUGUUGUCAGUCAAACACAAUGGAAAUCCGUUCACGGACGAAGAAAUUACUCACAACAUCUACACCAUUAUUGCGGCGGGAAAUGAUACAACAGCACUUCAAGUGUCACAUACCUGUCUGUUCCUGGCCAUGCAUCCAGAGAUACAGGAGCGGGUUUACCAAGAGGUAAUGGAGGUCUUCCCAAUCACCGACCAGGAGAUUGAGAUGGAUGACCUCAAGAAGUUCACAUACAUGGAACGAGUACUGAAGGAAAGCCUCCGAUUGGCACCAUCUGGACCGAACAUCGGGCGUCAAGUGAUGCGCGAUAUUGAGAUCGGAGGAUUGGCAAUUCCAAGCGGAAGUCUAAUUUUGCUGAGCAUAUAUGCAACUCAUCGCCGUAAAGAUAUAUGGGGUCCUGAUGCGGAUUGUUUUGAUCCGGAUCGCUUCCUACCGGAGCGAAGCGUUGGUCGCAACGCAAAUGCCUUUAUGGCGUUCAGUGCUGGUUCGCGAAAUUGCAUUGGAGGCCGGUACGCCAUGAUCGGAAUGAAGAUCAUGCUUUCCUAUAUAGUAAGACGGUUUCGAAUGAGUACGAAGCAAACCAUGGCCGAUUUGAGGUUUCGGUUGGAUAUGACGCUCAAGCUCGAUUCUGGAUACGACGUGUUUCUAGAAAGGAGGUUGUAG